AUGCCGUAUGCUGCCUUGCUGCCACAACUUCUGAAACUCAACCUGGUUGAGCUAAGAACGUUGGCACCUCCGGAUCCCAACAGUCUACCAAGGAACUAUGACUCUAAUGCUAGGUGUGCUUUCCAUUCAAACGCACCUGGUCACAGUACAGAAAAAUGCAGGGCUCUGCAUAUGAAGGUACAAGACUUGGUAGACUCCAAGGCUCUGAAUUUUGCACCGCCGCCCAAUGUCAAUAAAAACCCUAUGCCAAACCAUGGUGGUCCCCGAAUUAAUGCUAUUGAAGAAGACAGACUGUCUUAUUUGAUAACUAGUGUGGAUCAGAUCAGGACGAAAAUUAGAAUAUGCGCUCACGAUAGAUUGUAUGUUUACCAGAAAAUAAAGUAUAUUGUAAAGUGGGCGACGGGAGACGAAAAUUAG